AUGGAUGGUGCCAGAGAGGAAUGCAUCGCCGAAAUGCAGGCUUAUUUGAAAGCCCUGGAAGAGAAAGAAGCUAAGGAGGAAGCUGAAGCUAAGAUUCGCUAUGAUGCCAGGGUUAAAGUUGAAGCCGAGAUCAGAGCCAAAUACAAACAACUCGACAGCACUUGUCCUGAAUACGAUGACGAUGAAUAUGAGUACUUUUGCAAGACUAUGUCUGAAGUAUUCUUGGGAUCUACCAACAAACGAAGACUCGGUCAACGAAUCUGGGCUCCUGAAGGUCCUCUGCUUACAACGCUACCAUGA